GGCAGGCAGGCAGCCGCCACUCGCCGCGCACACGCUCACGCUUCCUCAGCUGAGCCGGGCGCCCGAGCCAAAACUUGGAGGAAGCACUGCCGAGAAGAGCUCCCAUCAGCUCCACACGGCCGCAGGGACCCUUCCUAGGUUCUCCUUGGGAGGCAGCAAACCUCUGUCCCAGUUGCAGUACUGCCAGCAGGGAAGGCUUGUAGUCCAGUCUCCUUCUUACUUUUUCCAAAAAAAAGGCCAAAAGGAGCAACAGAGGAAUGAGACCACACAGGACCUGACUCCACUCUUCUCUCUGAGGAAAGGAAAAGGGAGCAGCUGAGAGCCAUCAACAGCAGCUGCAGAGGAUCAGCUCCAGCACUAAGCUCCUAGGUGUGGCCAAUGAGCACAAGCAAUAUGCAGGCCUAGGUCUUUCCCUAGACUAUGUCAUUCCAAGCAUACAAGGUUGAGGAUGUGAAGUGACUCUGCAAUGUUCUCCAGGGUCAUUGUAGACACAAGGUAGGUUGGAAAAGCACUCCAAAGCUGCUUGGUAGAGGCUUAUUCCAAGUCACCAGAGAGAGCAGGACAUCUCCAUCCAUGCCACUGCACUAUGGAUCCAUGCUACAACCUCACAAGCCCUCCAGAACCCAUCGACUUCCACCUGCAGGUGCUAAUCGGGUCCUUCCUCAUCAUCCUCAUUGUGUUCACUCUCUGCGGUAACAUUGUUGUCUGCCUGGCUGUUACCUUUGAUCGCCGGCUCCGCAGCCUGACGAACUGUAUCAUCGUCUCCUUAGCCAUCACUGACCUGCUGCUGAGCCUCCUGGUGCUGCCAUUCUCCGCCUUGUAUGAACUCACCCACGAGUGGCCCUUUGGCAGUGCUUUGUGCAACAUCUACCUCAGUCUGGAUGUCAUGCUGUGCACAGCUUCCAUCCUCAACCUCUUCAUGAUCAGCCUGGACCGCUACUUUGCUGUCACCACCCCACUCCGCUACAGCCAAUUGGUCACUCCCUCCCGGGUGAUGGUAGGGUUGGUUGUUAUUUGGGUGGUUUCGCUGAUGGUCUCCUUCCUACCAAUCCACCUGGGCUGGAAUACUAAUGGGACAGCAGUGCAAAACACAGCCUCCAACUGCAGCAAGGAGUGCAAGCUGGAGGUGAACCCACUAUACGGGCUUGUGGAUGCCUUGCUCACCUUCUAUAUCCCUUUGGUCAUCAUGUGCAUCACCUAUUACCGAAUAUUCAAGAUAGCAAGGGAGCAGGCCAAGAGGAUAAACCAUACUUGGUGCUGCAGCAGCAACACCUCCAUGCCUCCCAUUGUGAAAGAGCACAAAGCCACAGUGACUCUUGCAGUCGUUUUGGGAGCGUUCAUUGUGUGCUGGUUCCCCUAUUUCACAGUAUUCACUUACCGGGGGAUAUGGGGGGACAGCAGUGUGGAAGGCACACCCAUGUCCAUCGUUCUCUGGCUGGGCUAUGCCAACUCAGCCCUGAACCCCAUCCUCUAUGGCACUCUCAAUAGGGAUUUCCGGGUGGCGUACCAGCACUUGCUGCACUGCUGGAAGAUGAGGGACACCAGGGACUCCUGCCUGCCUCCACUCCGCAAGGUCCAGCCCAGGGGUAGGUGCUGCCAGCAGGACCUGGGCAGACAGGAGGACAAGCCUCUGAGACUGGAGAUGAGGAAUGGGAAGGGGAUCUUGCUGGCUGACAGAGCACUUGAGAGCGCGGGCGCUUUCCUGUGAGCCCCAGCCAGCCCGCUGCCCGAGGACACGCGUCUCCCGGCCUUUGGCUCCUCUUCCAAAAUCCUGCAAGGACAAAGAUUUUCCCCAGGAGAAACUCCAAGGCAGAGGCAGGGGCCACGGGGAUCCCGCUCCCGGCACACAGCCUCUGCCCCGUCCCGGAGCACGGCCGGGAAGGCCCACGCGGGUUUCCUCCCGGGAGGGUCGUGUGCUGGAAGAGCCGUCGGCAGAGCCACAGAAGAGCCUCCCCCGCCGCCCUGCGACCCCUCCAGUGCCGCAGCCCCAGAGCGGCACCCGAGGAGCUGCGCUGCAGAGCCAGCGUGCACCCCCCGGCAGUGCUGGGUGGGAAAAGCCGAGCAGGGCAGGCUGGGAGGGAGAGGGCUUGGGGCAAGGACAGACCAGGGAGAAGGACCCCUUGCAUGUCGCUGCCCUCCCCAGCGCCCUGUCCGAGGGCUUUAUGGGGGCCCUGGCACUGGGGCAGAUGAUGAGGCCGGAGGCAGGGCACGGCGGCAGCCCCACGAGCAGUGCUGGGUGCCCGCUGCGCAGCCCCACGGGGCCCACGCUGGGGAAGCCCCAUUCCCUGAAGCUGCUCCGCACCCCUGCGAGGACACAGGCACCCCGAGUGCCACGCUGUGCGAAGGCACCGAGCUGCUCGCCCAGGUCGGGGCCCUGCGCCCUGCCUUUGCCCUGGCAGGGAAGGCUGCAAAAAUAGGGUGUUGGUGCACUGAGCCUGGGCAGAAAUAGUAAAUGCUAUUUAAAAACUAUUUAGUCUAUAAGAAAAA